UUUAAUUGGCGUGCUGAUGAUAAACAAGGAAAUCUUAAAAUAUACAAUACAUCAACAAGUUUGAGCUGGAACUUUGAGAGACAAGCAAUGUGUAUAACAAAAAGCUGGACUUCUGAGAGAUAAGCACUGUGCAUGACAAUAAGCUAGACUUCUGAGAGAUAAGCACUGUGUAUGACAAUAAGCUGGACUUCAGAGAGAUAAGCACUGUGUAUGACAAUAAGCUGGACUUCUGAGAAAUAAGCACUGUGCAUGACAAAAAGCUGGACUUCUGAGAGAUAAGCACUGUGUAUGACAAAAAGCUGGACUUCUGAGAAAUAAGCACUGUGUAUGACAAAAAGCUGGACUUCUGAGAAAUAAGCACUGUGUAUGACAAUAAGUUGGACUUCUGAGAAAUAAGCAAUGUGUAUGACAAUAAGCUGGACUUCUGAGAGAUAAGCACUGUGUAUGACAAUAAUCUGGACUUCUGAGAGAUAAGCACUGUGUAUGAGAAUGUCUACAAUGAUUAACAUGCUUUGGAUUUUUGUAACGAUAGAGAUGUGUGUUGUGUUAGGACAAAAUCAAUCAAAUUGUCCCAUCAAAUCAUGUGCUUGUAAAAAUCAAAAGGCGACUUGUAAAAAUCAUGGUAAGAAUUUGACAUUUAUUCCUCAUCUACCGUCGGAUAUAACCAGGCUGGAAUUCGUAGACAACUUGUUGCCUACCUUGGGACUUAGUGUGUUUUCCAAUAUAUCAAACCUUGGCUUGAAAUGCCUCAUACUGAGAAGAAAUCAAAUCUACCGCAUUGAUACUCGAGCGUUCAAUGUUCUUCAUCAGCUUGAAAUGUUAGACCUUAGCGACAACAAAAUGAGCGUGCCGCAAGUACGAAAUGCUUUUGUUAGCCUGCAAAAUACUAAGCUACAAAUAUUAUGUAUCUCAGCUAUGCAUUUAAGAGUCCUUUCGGAAGACUUUUUCUUCCAUAUGAAAAAUUCCAAUCUGACACAAGUGAUCAUGAAUAACAACUGGCUUGACACAUUCGAGGCAAUGGUGUUUAUUGUGCCUCCAAAAUUGCAGAAGAUAUCUUUGGCACAAAAUAACAUAUCAAGUGUGAGCUUGAAUAAACAACUACAUUUGCUUGAAGAAUUAGAUUUAAGUAAAAAUAAUAUACGUACUGUCCCCUUGUUUUGUAACAGGACAUCUGAACCUUACCUACCUAGGCUAAAAGUUCUUGAUAUUAGCAGUAAUCUUAUUUCGAAAAUCAAACCGAGAGCAUUUCUAGGAACUUGUCUACCAAAUUUAACACAUCUGAUCAUAAGUGACAACAAAAUUGAAUCUCUACCAAACAAAAUGAUAAGCCGACUAGUGAAUCUUGUGAGUCUGUCAAUCAGAAAUUUAGGUGACAAUAUUGUGAUUGGCCCUUGGGCUCUGAACAGUUCAUCUUUGAAAUAUUUGCACAUGGAAAAUCGUUUUAACAUAUUCGAAAGACCGGAGUAUGAGAUGUUAUUCUGGGGAUGUCCUAAUCUCAUUUUUCUGGACAUGACUGAUGUACAAUUCACGCAUCAGAAUGAAACAAAAAGCAAAGUCUUUACGCUGUUUUCACCCUUGCACAGAUUACAAGACUUGAUUUUAAAAGGUACCUCUUUGUCUGUACUUCCAGAGAAUUUAUUUUCAGGCAUGUUAAAAUUGACAAAUCUUUCCCUGGAAAAUUGCAAAUUAAGUCAAUGGACAAAUGAAGUAUUUUCAAAGGCUGUGUCGCUAAAAUUUCUACAACUAGGUCAUAAUUUGAUAUCAAUUGUCAAUCAAACAUCAUUGCCUCUACGUGUUGAGAAAAUUGGCCUACAGGGAAAUCCUUUUCUAUGCUCCUGUGAUCUUGUCUGGUUCCGAGAAUGGAUUCAAGAAAAUUCUAACAAACUUUCAGGUUGGUCAACUGACUACACUUGUAAGCAACCAUCUAGUUGGAUGGGAAAAAAUUUAAAGGACUUCCAUCUGUCGUACAUGUACUGCCAUCCGUUGAACCCCAUCACGAUUCUGGGAAUCUCUAUUAGUGUUGUUGCGGUUGUCAUUUUAGUUGCAUCUGGAGUUUUGUAUCACUAUCGAUGGCACAUAAAAUAUCAUUUAUACUUAUUACGAGCGAAGAGUCGCGGCUAUGAGGCACUUCCUGGCUGUGAAUUUGUAUACGAUGUUUUCAUUGCAUAUAAUUCGAAUGACCGUGUGUGGGUGAUAUCUGAAAUGAUACCGAUAUUAGAGAAACAGGAAAAUAUGAAGCUCUGUUUGCAUGAGCGAGACUUUGAAGUCGGCAAAAUGAUCAUUGAUAACAUUACUGACACAAUGCAGAGGAGUAGAAAGAUAUUGCUUAUUUUGUCCAACAACUUUGCUGAAAGUCAUUGGUGUCGUUUUGAAACUAUGAUGGCGCAGAUUCGAUCUAUGAAAGACGGUGAGAAUAUGGUAGUAGUUAUUCUUCUGGAAAGAAUUCAAACAAAAAAUAUCACAAACUCGCUGCAUGUUUUGCUCAAUACUACUACUUACAUUGAGUGGAAAAACAAAGAAAACGAAAAAGAGUUAUUCUGGCAAAGACUAGUUUCUGCUUUGAAGUCCUAAUCAUGUAUAUACCUCCCUGUACGUUGUACACGAAACUACAAUUUCAUUUUCUAACUUAUGUAUUGUAUUUUGGAUUACCAAAUGUGGAAUUAGAGUAAAUGUCGUUUAAAAUACAGAUACAUAAUGUACCUUACAAACAAAGACAGUGUUGUUACAAGCUUUUUCAGUUCAACCAAAACAUAUUCCACAUGCAACCUAUCUAAAUCUAUUCUCACGUAUGGUUUAUUAUACACAAAGAAAUAGAUGGUACGUACUUUUGUUUUGAUGUGUAUAAUAGUUAUUAAUACCGAAUCUUAAUAUCUCUCCUGUGCUUUUUAUCCAUCCUGAGAAUGUCUCAAAUUCUUCUUCAUAUUUAGCCAUCGUCUGGCGUAAUCUUUGACAGAAUUCGUAUUAGAGAUGAAGUUAUGUCGCCGACGAAAAGACCGGGAAUUAUUGAUAUGCCCAGUUGAACUAUAUUUGAAAGAAAAAGAACAUAUAGAUGGGCUACGUAUACGUUGGUCUGUUUCUAGACAUUGUAAAGUUUGUAAAUAAAACGUUUGAAUUGAUUGAUUGUAUACUGAGUAUUGUUUUACGUUGAUUGAACGAUUGACUGUACAUGUUGUUUAACGUCCCUCUCAUUGAGACGUCACCAUUGCCGGUGAAGGGCUUCAAAAAUCUAGACAUAUGGUCGUCGCUUACGGCCUUGGAUGCAAUAGUAGAAGUAAGUCUGUAGGAAAUACAGGAUGUAGACUUGAACUUGAAAUAUACUGGAAUGCAAAUGCAUAUAAUGCCAUGUAGAGAAGAAGUUCAUUAAUUUGCAUGUAUAUAUUCAGCAUUCAGUACUAUGUAUUCAGUAUUAUGUUGCACUGAUAAUAGAAUAAUUUUGUAAUAUAAUAGUAUACAUAAAUUAAUUCGGAAGUCUG